CGACAGCCUGGAAAGACAAUACACAGCGAACAAAAUUAUGAAAUGGAUCCUACCGACACCAGAAUUCCUAGCACCCCACUGCGGAUCUAUGACAGCGAUUCUUGAUGUUCAGACAUAUGAUCCCCCUGUAUUUCCGCCGGUUUGGAAGUUCCAAAUCGAGAACAGGCUGAUUGAAGUAAGAAUCUCAACCAGAACCUCUCCAAUCUGUCUUCGCUGCAGGGAAAGGGGCCAUCUGGGGACCGAUCCCACGUGCCCCAAGUUUCUGAAACAAGCAAAGGAGCGGAAACUCCUACCAAACAUGUUGGUAGAAGUGGAAGACGCACCUGGAAUCUGGUUCGUGGCACAUCCAUCAUAUGAUGGAUGGGUCUUUGAUGACAACCUGGACGAGCCAGACUGGGUGUGGCAUUUUGGUGACCAAAACCCGUCUGUCAAAAAGCCAGACGUCUUCCCCCCAGCAGAUAGUAGGUGGCAAAAGAAGGCGACCGGAAAAGUGAGAGGCAACCCGACAAAGAUCAACACCAAUCCCAUCACAGACUCACGGGUUAUCAGGGAGGAGAAAGCGAGGGAAGACCUAUUGUGGGACCUUGAUACCAUCAGGGAACAAAUCGAACACGAAAUUAACAAGGAACCAUUCGCGUUUAGGGAAGCGCUGAAACAAGCGGAACAAGUGGAUCUGCAAACAUACAAGAGAAGGGACAAAGUUCAGGUUGACAACAAGCGCCAACUACAUGAGGAUGAUCGAUCGUUAGAGAAGGGGAUUGGCCCAAAACGAAGGAAGGCGGGGGAGUCAACUGAAGGAAAGGGAACAGAAACGUCUGAAACAGGGGUGGAAGGAGAAGGGAUGGAGAUGGACAUGACGGGAGGCGAGGGGGAUGAUGAAGCAGGAGGGAGGAACAACACACCUGACGCUGGUUCCGCAGAAGAAGAGGAUCGGUCCACGCAGUCUCUGACCUGGCUCAGAGACUCUGUGGAAAAGGCGAAGAGGGAACGGGAGCAUGCUUUCGACGUUCGGGUCGCCUGCCUGAAACAUGCAGAGAGAUCCCAGGUGAAUGGUAAGAAAAAUGCAUUUGCGGGGAUCAACAACUCUUCCAGCCAGUACGAAAUGCUCAAGAAGGAAAGAGCUGAGGAAUUCUCCGAAUUUGCUGCUUUCAGGUAUGCAGAAAAGAAAAGGGCGAGGGACCAAGGAACAGUGGACAAAGACAAAACCAUCCCUACAACCAACGAUAAUUUCCAGGAUCUGCGACCUAAGGCAAGGAAAACAGGGAAGAACCAGAGACGGAAAGAGACUAACAAUGAACAAGUUGAGGCCCAAGAAAAGUCGGAACGCGUCCUUCUGGAAAAAGAAGAGGCUGUUGUGCUGUCUCAAAUGGAGAAGCUGAGAAAAUGGAACAAGGAAUAUGCCUCCGAAUUCACAUCCAUUGCUCAGAUUGCACGAGGGGAGGUCCCAAGGGUGAUUGAGGCGGCCAGAUCGGCUCGUAGGACGCUAAGGAACAUCCAACCCCUUAUCACAGCCAGGUACGUAAGGAAGGCGAAGGAAUGGCAAAUCACAACAGAUGUAGCCUUCAAGAUCCCUCACUUCGUAGAGGGCGAGAACGUGAUCAAACUGUUGAAAGGGAAGGUUACAACGGAGACUCCGUUGGGUCUGUUUGAGACCGUUACCAUUGAAGAGGAGCAAACCGUCCUUGACACACAAAAGGAAUCAGAUAACCCUCUCAAGAGCUCAAACGAGGCGAGCAGAAACUCCCCAAGGGCCUUUUCACCAUUAAUAGCCAAGAUGCCCGAAUCAACACAGCUGAGACCAGGGAUGAUCUGGAAACCUUGGAGGACAGUGACCGAGGUGCCCUACAGCAUCCUAGCAGACACUGGCAUCUCAACAGAAUUGUUGGCUACAGUUGUGGCCCAUAUUGUCAGCACAGGGCAACUGGAAGGGGACGAAGACCUGGAAUCCAAAGCCCACGCCAUCAACUGCGAAAUAUUCUACAGGAGUGACGCUUCGGAUGCCGGCUCGGAUGCCGGCUCGUGGGAAGGUGAUGAUGAGCAGGAUGGGUUGGGCCAGUAUCAGGAGUUAGAAAAGGAUAGCAGCGAACAGGUAGAGUUGGACGGGGUGGACGUCGUGGGGGACCUCGCGCUCUCCCCACUUACGGGCAGUGGACCGGAGACCGUCCAGGAGGCUUUGGGUAGGGAUACGGACAAGGAAGACCCCCCUACCUAGACACACUUUCUAUCAACUGAACCCCCCCUACCUAGGUGACCUUGACCGGUUAUCUCCCUAACUUAUCUCAGCUGCUUCCAUGGAGAGCUACAGAAGAAGAGCGAACGAGGUUGGGGACCGCGUCGACUGGAAAAAUCAAGGUUUGGUCCUUAG